AUGAAAGCCAAAGUCCUAAAAGACUUCAAAGCUCCCGACAUAACCCCGUACGACGGCACAUCAGAUCCAAGCCAUUAUCUCAGUAAUUUCAAAAACAGAAUGUAUCUCACCGAUGCCUCGGAUGCAAUCCGGUGCAAAGCCUUCCCAACAACCUUAACCAAAACGGCAAUUAAGUGGUUCGACAGCCUACCCUCGAGGUCCAUCUCAAGCUUUGACGACUUAUCAGGAAAGUUCAUCGCCAGAUUCUCCAUCCAGAAGGACAAAGCCAAGCACGCCCCAAGCUUGUUAGGGAUCAAGAAAGGAGAUCGGAAAAGUCUUCGCAACUACUUGGAAAGAUUCAACAAAGCAUGUCUAGACAUACAAAGUUUGCCAACUGAAGCAGCCAUUAUGGGUCUCAUCAAUGGCCUAUGA